ACCUCGUCAGAUUGUUGACAGAGCAGGGAUGUUGCACAUGGCUCAGUACUGACUGGGAAUCUGACAGUAGACUAAAGAUCAUAUUUUAAUAACCACAUUGGAAAAACAAACAAACAAACAAACAAACAAAAACACAUCGGUCUGGUUGGAUCCGAUGGACGCAUGGGAGAAGUAACCAGUCUGCGCCUUCAUGGUCACCACUGUGAUGGGUUUAAUGGCGAUAGCUCAUGUUGGGCUUUUACACCGAUACCAGACACAUUUUGAUGCUUUUUAAGGACGUCUCAUCUGACGAAAAAACAUGGCCGGGAGUCACAAUAAUUUCUGGGGACAACAUGGCAUAAGCAGGUUGUGCUUUGGCCUGAGUGCUGACAUGGAUCACAGUCUGAGGGGGCUUCAACAACAGCACAUGGCCAAGGAAUUCAACAACGGCCUCUCCCAGUCUCCGUUCUACCCUGAUUCGUACCACCUGACCUCUGACAACAUCCUGCGUCCUCCAGAGGGAGACCAGGUGGUCCCGUCCUCCCACAGAGGGUCCAUAUUCUGGGGCCUCCAGAGAGAAGCCAAGCCCCUGCCUCCUCUGCCCGACCCCGAGGAGCUGAUGUCGGACGAGGCGGCCGAUAAUGAGGUGGAGUUUUUCACCAGUGACCGACGCAGCCUUCUGCCUAAAAGCUGCCCCAAAAUCCUCUGCAGGGGGGGCAACAGGGGCGGGGGUCAGGUCAAUUACGCCUACCAGGACAGCUCUCUACGGGGGGAUACCGGGGCUGGAUCCAUGGCAUUCUCCUGGCCUGGCAGCGAGGACAGAGGACCGGGUAGAGGUAGUGGGUUCGGAACCAACACCUGGACUCCUCAGAGAGAAGAACCUGCGGGUGCUUUGACCUGCAAACAGCCGGACCCCUCCCCCAGACCCCGGUUCUCAUGCUCAAGCCCUCCUUCUCAACCUCUUGACAAACCACAGAUUCCCCCUCGUAUCCCCAUCUCCCCUAAACCCCCAGCUCUAUUAAAGACUACGAGCACCAACGAAGAAGACAAGCCUCCUAAGAUCCCUCCACGGGUUCCUUUGGUCCCACCCUGCCCACCCAGAACCCCCAGCCCUAAAAGUCUACCCAUUUACAUCAAUGGGGUGAUGCCUGCCACACAGAGUUUUGCUGCGAACCCGAACUAUGUGAGCAAAGCGUUACAGAGACAGCAGAGUGAAAGGGCGCCCCCUGCAGCUCCGUGCACACCCUGCAUUGUUCCCAUUUUGAAGGAUGGCAGACAGGCCAGUACCACACAUUACAUCCUGCUGCCGCCGGGCCGACCGACCAGCAACAGCAGACGAGAAAGACUCCAAAGUGAGCCGACCAGGAAGACAAACAGCAACUUCUGGCAGAACAGAUAAAAAAAAAAAAAAAAAAAAAACAUCACUUCUGUCACUGUGUCUGAAACUGACAUUAAUAAUAUGUCUGUGAAAA